GGCGGCUGUCAGCGAUCCCGGUCCAGCCUGGAGGAGGAGCUGGGUGGUUGGAGACGCUGGGCUGUGGGGCCGGCGGCGGCGGCGGAGGCAGCCCCAGCCCGGAGCGCCAUAUGAGACGGUUUAAGCGGAAGCAACUAACAGCCAUCGACUGCCAACAUUUGGCUCAGAGUCACUUGUCUGUGACCCAGCCCUUCUGUCAGAGAUGGACAAACAGAGAUCCGAACCAUGGCCUUUAUCCUAGACCCAGAACAAAAAGAGGGAGGAGGGUUCUCCGUACAGGUCAAGGAUGUCAAAGACACAACUCUGAGUUCUUCCUAGCUGGCCAGCAGCAGUGCACCAAUGACAUGGCCAAAAGCAGUUCUGUUGGCCAGGACAGCUAUCAGGACUCCGAGAGUGACAUGAUCGUUCCUGCUGAAAGCAGUUGUUCUCUUCCUCAGAGAGGUGACGGAGAAGUGAGAUUGGGCUCAUCAGGUUCUGCUCUGCCCGUCAGGAAGCGGUCUCUAUCCUUCAAGGACGAGAAUCUUCAGGCUACAGAGACCAAUCAGUGUGAUGGAAUUUCUAAGAAAAUCCCACGGCAUCAUGUGUCCCUGUCAUGCACAAGGCCUAAGGAGGCCAGACAAGAAGCAGAGGACCGUUUGUCAUGUCUCUCUGCAGAAUCUGGAGAAACUGACCAAGACAUUGAAGACAUUGGUCCUGAUCCCAUUCCUGACUCUUACUACGGGCUUUUUGGAACCUUACACUGCGAAGAAGCUCCAAGCCACAUUUGUAGCCUGCCUAGGGAAGUUCUGAGACACAUCUUUGCCUUCCUUCCAGUGGAAGACCUCUAUUGCAAUCUGAGCCUGGUGUGCCAUCUUUGGAGGGAGAUCAUCAGCGACCCGCUGUUCAUUCCUUGGAAAAAGCUGUAUCAUCGAUACCUAAUGAAUGAGGAGCAAGCUGUCAGCAAAGUGGAUGGCAUCCUGUUGAACUGUGGCAUAGAAAAGGAGUCAGACUUGUGUGUACUGAACCUCAUACGGUACACAGCUACUACUAAAUGCUCCCCAAGUGUGGAUCCUGAGGGGGCGCUGUGGAGUCUGCGGGACCAUCCCCUCCGUCCUGAGGCAGAGGCCUGUGUGCGCCAACACCUGCCUGACCUCUACGUGGCUGCUGGGGGAGUCAAUGUCUGGGCUUUGGUGGCAGCUGUCGUGCUCCUGUCCAGCAGUGUGAAUGACAUCCAGAAACUGCUCUUCUGCCUCAGGAGACCCAGUUCUACAGUGACCAUGCCAGACAUCACUGAGACCUUAUACUGCAUAGCUGUGCUUCUGUAUGCCAUGAGGGAGAAGGGGAUUAAUAUCAGCAAUAGGAUCCACUACAACAUUUUCUAUUGCCUAUAUCUUCAGGAAAAUUCCUGUGCUCAGACCACAAGAGGUAAAGAGGAGCCAUCUGUUUUGCCAGGCAAGAAAACAACCAUCCAGCUUACACAUGAACAACAACUGAUUCUGAAUCAUAAGAUGGAACCUCUCCAGGUGGUAAAAAUCAUGGCCUUUGCAGGCACGGGGAAGACCUCUACCCUUGUCAAGUAUGCAGAGAAGUGGUCUGAGAGCAAGUUUCUCUAUGUGACAUUCAACAAGAGCAUUGCAAAACAAGCUGAACGUGUCUUCCCCAGCAAUGUCAUCUGCAAAACCUUUCAUUCCAUGGCCUACGGACACAUUGGACGGAAAUACCAGUUGAAGAAGAAGUUGAAUCUAUUCAAGUUAACACCCUUCAUGGUCAAUUCUGUUCUUGCUGAAGGGAAAGGUGGAUUCAUAAGGGCCAAGCUAGUGUGUAAGACUUUAGAAAACUUCUUUGCCUCGGCUGAUGAAGAGCUGACCAUCGAUCAUGUGCCUAUUUGGUGUAAGAACAGCCAAGGACAAAGAGUCAUGGUGGAACAGAGUGAGAAACUGAAUGGUGUCCUUGAAGCAAGCCGACUCUGGGACAACAUGCGGAAGCUAGGGGAAUGCAGAGAGGAGGCUUACCAAAUGACUCAUGAUGGCUAUUUGAAACUCUGGCAGCUGAGCAAGCCUUUGCUUGCCUCUUUUGACGCCAUCUUUGUGGAUGAGGCCCAGGACUGUACCCCAGCUAUCAUGAAUAUAGUUUUGUCUCAACCAUGUGGGAAGAUCUUUGUAGGGGACCCACACCAGCAGAUCUAUACAUUCCGUGGUGCAGUCAAUGCUCUGUUCACAGUCCCCCACACUCACGUCUUCUAUCUCACACAGAGUUUUAGGUUUGGUGUGGAAAUUGCUUAUGUGGGAGCUACUAUCUUGGAUGUCUGUAAGAGAGUAAGGAAAAAGACUUUGGUUGGAGGAAACCACCAAAGUGGCAUAAGAGGUGAUGUCAAAGGGCAAGUGGCCCUGUUGUCUCGGACCAAUGCCAACGUAUUUGAUGAAGCUGUACGGGUGACCGAAGAAGUACCUUCAAGGAUACAUUUAAUUGGGGGAAUUAAAUCAUUUGGAUUGGACAGAAUCAUUGAUAUUUGGAUCCUUCUUCAACCAGAGGAAGAACGGAAGAAACGAAACCUCUUCAUUAAAGACAGAUUUAUCAGAAGAUGGGUACACAAAGAAGGCUUCAGUGGCUUCAAGAGAUAUGUGACGGCUGCCGAGGACAAAGAACUGGAAGCAAAGAUUGCAGUAGUUGAAAAGUAUAACAUCAGGAUUCCAGAGCUAGUAGAAAGGAUAGAAAAAUGCCAUAUAGAAGAUUUGGACUUUGCAGAGUACAUUUUGGGCACUGUGCACAAAGCCAAAGGCUUGGAGUUUGACACUGUGCAUGUUUUAGAUGAUUUCGUGAAAGUGCCUUGUGCCAGGCAUAAUCUUGCCCAACUACCCCACUUCAGAGUUGAGUCAUUUUCUGAGGAUGAAUGGAAUUUACUGUAUGUUGCAGUAACUCGUGCUAAGAAGCGUCUCAUCAUGACCAAAUCACUGGAAAACAUUUUGACUUUGGCUGGGGAGUACUUCUUACAAGCCGAGCUGACAAGCAACGUAUUAAAAACAGGAGUAGUCCGCUGCUGUGUGGGGCAGUGCAACAAUGCCAUCCCUGUCGACACUGUGCUCACCAUGAAGAAACUCCCCAUCACUUACAGCAACAGAAAGGAAAACAAUGGUGGCUACCUCUGCCACUCCUGUGUAGAGCAGCGUAUUGGGCCUUUGGCAUUCUUGACUGCCUCUCCAGAGCAGGUGCGCUCCAUGGAACGCACCGUAGAAAACAUAGUGCUGCCCAGACACGAAGCCCUGCUCUUCCUUGUCUUCUAAGGCUGGGACAAGCAUUCUCCGUGGUGCAGGGUAGCUUGCCACAUGUGGACUCCACCUGCUGACAGAAGUCUGUGGGGUGGGGCUCUCACCCUCCUGAGACUCUGAAUGCAAUCACAGAGCAUUUUCUGAGGAAGAAGAAACCGAUCAGACUUGGACCUGCCAUUUCUCCAUUCCCUACGGCUAGCCAGUUUCCAUUUGCCUAUCCUCUGUCUGUAUCAGGUCAGGGAAGAGGAGGAGGAUCUUUUGAUAAAAAAAAAAAAAAAAAAAAAAAAAAAAAAAACACACACAAAAACAAAAACAUUUUAUGUAUUUAAACUUUUAUUACAGGAUUUCAAUUAAACGGCAUUGCAGCACUGGCAUGCCACUGUGA